AGGUACCUUCUUCACUUGGCAUAAGUGGUACUGGUUUGGUGAUUACCGUUCUUUCACUUUUAUCUUCAUACCUUGCUUUUCUGUGUACAUUGGUUCGAUGGGUAAAAUAAAUAUAACAUAAAGAAUGUCGUAAUUAAAUACCAAACAAAUAAGCUGUGUUUAUUAGCAAGGUCCCAACUCUUUCCAAGUUUAACUUCGACAAAUAAUGUCAUACAGGAAGCCUUUUCAUCUUGAAAAAAACUAGUACUAACACAUCGUGCAUUGGAUAAUGAGUAGACAGAGGUGGAAAUUAAGGCAGUGCUAAAUGUGCAUGUGGUGCUAGUAACAUGGUGCCUUCUCCAAGGGCGGAGCCAGGAUUUCAAAUUUGGGUGUACAGAGUUAAAAAAGUUCUAGUCGAGAAAAUCGAGGUAGAAAAAAGCUGUGUGCCAGUGGUGCUACUAACAUGUGCCUGCCCUUCUCUCAUUACCUCCUAGUCAUGGAUGGCUAACUGGCCAGCGGUGUUCUAGCUAGGAUUAACAGGCUAUUAGCUGGUUGUAAUUAAUUAUUUGGCUUGUUCUUUUGUUGUGGUUCAUCUCCUCUCCUCGGGAACAAUGGAAACCGCCCAAGAAGAUAGUAACGGCUUUUGCGAGGGCCGUGGGAUCUGAAUCACUAUUUGGUAAGCCAAGUAAUCUUUUUUCCAUCUAUAGAAGGACUAGUUCUUAUUUCCAAUAAAGUGCAAUUCUCAGCCUCCGGCUUCUCCAAGGAGAUCCCCUCUUCCGCCUCCAGAUCUGCAAAUCAUGGCGACGCUCGUUCCAGAUCUGCCGGACGAACUUGUCCAUGAGAUCCUCUUCCGCCUCCCGCCAGAUGAGCCCGCAUGCCUUUUCCGCCUCUCCGUACUCUCCAAUCUCUGGCGCAGUCUCCUCUCCGAUCCUGGUUUCCACCACAACUACCGCAAGUUCAAUCGGACGCCUCCUAUGCUUGGCUUCAUCUACAACAGUGAGGUGAGCUCCGUCAGUCGCUUUGUCCCCACCACUGGGUCCUCCCUCCCAUGCACUUUUGACCCCCAGCUGGCUGACUUCACCGUGUGCGACUGCCGCCACGGCCGUGUCCUCCUCGACAACGGUGAGGUGCCGAUGGAGCUUGUGGUCUGGGACCCAAUGACGGACCGCCGAAAAGAGGUGAGCGACCCCCGCAGGUCUUUGUUCUAUCUCGGGACCGCGGUGCUAUGUGCUGUGGACGGCUGCGACCACGCCAGCUGCCACAAGGGCCCUUUCCAUGUUGUUUUUGUCGGUAUUGAUGCGGAGGUGGGGAGUGUAACCGCCUACAAGUACUCGUCGGAGACGGGUGAGUGGAGCACGCCGACGUCUGAGCUUUCCCUCGUCGACGAGCAUCACUUUGUCGUGGAGCUUGACCUCUUCGACGAGCUUGACCCCGUCGAUGACGGCUACCUUACUGCGAUGCACAGUGUGCUCGUUGAAGACUCCCUCCACUUCCUCCUCAUGUCUGGGCCACAAGGCGCUCGAAUUCUCAAGUACGACAUAGGAAGGCAUUACCUCUCUUUGAUUGUCCUGCCGGCAGCGGCGGCUGUUUACGACCGGGGCACCCUUCUCAUGGCAACAGAGGAUGGAAGGCUGGGAGUCGCCCACCUGGACAAGCUCAGCCUUCACCUGUGGUCAAGGGAGGUGGGUCCUGACGGAAUUGCAGCAUGGACAGAACAUAGAGUCAUUAACCUCAUACCGUUUCUCCCCAUUGGAGAUCCUGCGAUCAAACUGGAGUUGAUUGGCUCCGUGGAGGGUGCCAAUAUCAUCUUCGCCACCACAGAUCUUGGUGUCUACGCUAUUGAUCUCAAGUUGCUGCGGUCAAGAAAGUUGUGUGAAGGACAAGACAUUCGGCCGCUCUUCCCCUUCAUGAGCUUCUACAAUCCACCAGAAUGACAAACUGGAGCAAGUUUGCCGGCAGGGGCAUCGGUUGCUGUGCGUCACCAGUGAUGUGUUGGACAGACCCCAGUGGUGCGUCUCACCAAUAAGAUGGAUAAUCUCAUAGAGUCAAUUAAGGGUUUGUGACGUAGUAAUGAACUAUUUCAGUACUAGGUGUUUCGGUGGUACUUGGUUGAUUUCUCAUGCUGUUUGCUUUGUGAGUAACUUAAUUCAGUUCCAUAAUUUCAUCAAUCUGUGUCAGUGCGUGGGUGCGUGCGUGUGAAGUUGCGAUAUGCUUUCAGUUACUUGAUGAAGUUGGUGGCAUCGUCUUUUUGGGUC